AUGAAAACUAUACCCAGCGCUGCAGAUUCCACGAUAACCGCCACAGACGUCCCGAUUUCCGAUCGCCCAGGCAAUGACAACACGGGCCCAUCUUCCACGGAAACCGCUGCCGACGAUGAAGUCACACCGAAGCCUUUUAUGUCUUUCGAAGAAUGGAAGGAGGUGAUGCUUCGCAAGGCCGGCCAAGACCCCUCUGAACUCAAGUCCCGAAAAACAUUUGAGCGCGCCACCGAGAAUGACAGAGCAACCAAAAGCUCAGGCCUUGACAGUCUCGGCAUUGACGAUGGGGAGAUCGACUUGAACUUCGAUGUUGUGUCUGAAAAAAUCAGUAACAUCGCAUCGGCACCCGAAGUGAUUCCGACAGAAGUGGCAAGUUCCGAUCAACAACAAGAGCCUGUACUUUAUGACGAUGGCAGGACGCAAUACUACCGGAGCAAGGAUGCCGGAAAAACGUGCAAGGAGAGAUUUUCUUAUUCAUCUUUCGACGCGGGCGCAACAGUGCUUAAGACCAAUAAAGGGGCGAAGAAUGCCAAGGCUAUCUUGGUUGAAAACAAGGACUCGUACAUGCUACUCGAGUGCUCUGCGGGGAACAAAUUUGCUAUCGUUGAGCUUAGUGACGACAUUCUAGUCGACACAGUGGUGCUGGCCAACUUCGAGUUCUUCUCCAGCAUGGUGCGGCACUUUCGAAUUAGUGUGAGCGACAGGUAUCCUGUCAAGGUUGAUAAGUGGAAAGACUUGGGCACAUUCGAGGCCAAGAAUUCUCGGGAUAUCCAGCCCUUCCUCGUACAAAACCCCCUGAUCUGGGCCAAAUACGUCAGGAUAGAGUUUCUGACACACUACGGUAAUGAAUUCUAUUGUCCUGUCUCCUUAUUACGCGUGCACGGCACACGAAUGCUAGAGUCAUGGAAGGACCAGGAGACGCAGCCUGAAGAAGAAGAAGCGGUGGACGAGCCGGCAGGCGGGUUGCCCAGCUCUGCCGCCAGUGCCGAGAUCGGAGAGAAUACAACAUUUGCACCACCGGGAGAAGCAUCAUCAGACACGAGAUCUGACUUCUCGGCAGACCCGCUUUUGCCACGCCUUAUAUUCUCGCUGUUGGAUUGGGAGACUUCGACAUGCCCUCCUCUGAUGCUAUUGCCACCUUCAGACUCAAGCUCGCCAGACCCAGAAAUGCAGACCGGAGAUCAUGCAAAGCAAGGCUAUCAACCGUCCACGUACGAUCGACUUCGAGCGGGAGACUCUGCAAAGCGGACCCCCGAGGACGGUUCGGCAUUUGCCACAGGAAACCAAACAAAUCAGGUGGAGGAAAGGUCCACCUCCUCAUCGACGAAAUUUGUUUCGGCAGGUUCUCACCAGAGCGGUACAUACUCCGACCCAAAGCCAGGGGGAGGAGACACCACAACAUUGGGCAUGUCUUCCACCAAGACAGCACAGGCCACCACCCAAUCCCGCAACAAGAACAAUUCGACGGCUGCGCCUACAUCCCCAACUGUCCAGGAGAGUUUCUUCAAGGCUGUGAGCAAGCGUCUCCAGUACUUGGAGUCCAACGUCUCACUAUCACUCAAGUAUAUCGAGGACCAGUCUCGCUAUCUGCAAGAGAUUCAGAAAUUGGCGGAAAGGAAGCAAUUGUCUAGAAUCGAUGUAUUCCUGGAUAGCCUCAACAAUACCGUACUCUCGGAACUGCGAACCGUUCGCCAGCAGUACGAUCAGAUCUGGCAAUCCACUGUAAUCGCGCUCGAAAGCCAGCGAGAGCAGUCACAGAGGGAGACUGUCGCACUCAGCUCUCGCCUCAAUAUUCUUGCUGACGAAGUUGUUUUCCAGAAAAGAAUGGCUAUAGUCCAGGCAAUUCUCUUAUUGUCAUGCCUCAUUCUCGUCAUCUUCUCUCGAGCAAUGACACAACCUAUCUUGACUGGCUCCUUUGAUCUUGGUCGAACUUCGAACGCUAAUCAUCCCGGACCCGGCAUUCCGGCGGAGCCUGCUGCUCCGAAUGCGUACCCUUCCCCAUAUGACAGGUUUGGCCGGCCGUUCGACGGAGAAGACCGUGGCCAAAGAGGUUUGUUGGAGGAGGUUCCCGGUCCAUUGCAAAACUUGCCAGGCACGCCCAUACGGCUGCUCACCCCGGCAUCGGAGGGUGGAUAUAGUUGCCGCACCCCAGAGAACAUCCAACGUGGCUCGGAUGUGGACAUGGAGCCGCAAACGCACCCAGCUGAUAACUUUGUCAAGAAUGACCAUGGUGGUAAUUGCCACGGCUCAUCGUUGGGAUUUAGCGAGCAUUGUCCCCUGCAGAAGAUAAAUCCAACAUCAAAUAAUGCGACGCAACAUGAUCGCGGGUCUUCUGUCCAAACUCCAUUCCAAUCGACCGGAGUCCUUCUGGAUUCAGCACUAGAGAGCGAAGCUGAUGCUCGUUUACCGACUCAAUCUCUUGGGAUCAUCCCAUCCGCGGUUCGCAAACCGCUCCCAGCUUUACCGGAGUGA